AUGCAGCUUUGGACUACAGCAAAUCCACAGUCAUUCUCUACUCCAAGCUGGAAGAUCGAGGCCAAGUAUUCCAGCAGAGUACUUACUGGAAACUGGGUGGAAGAGAGGAGGAAGUUCACCAAAGCCACUGAGAAGACACCUCAGUCCCUUUAUAGAAAAGACUAUGUCCCUUUCCCAGGCCACAGGCCAGACCAGAUUUCCAGAUGGUACGGGAAGAAGAGAGUCGAGGGGCUCCCCUACAGACACCUGAUCACCCACCACCAGGAGCCCGCGCACCGCUACCUGGUCAGCACCUACGACGACCAUUUCAACAGGCACAACUAUAACCCGGGGGUGCCCUCGCGACGCACCUGGAGCAGACAGAAGCAGCUGUGGCUCCCGGAGAAGGCCGAUUUCCCCCUCGUUGGCCCCCCUACAAACUACGGUUUCUAUGAGCAGCUGAAGCAGCGAUGGCUGGCCCCCCUGCAUGGCCCGGCGGAGACCACUUAUACCUCGUCCUACCCCAGACACCCCCUGGGCGCCAUGUCCCAGCGGGAGCAUGCCAUCCCUGUCCCGCCCCGUCGUUUGAGCCCUUGCACGCUGCUUUUCUUCUGGGGCUCGAGUGAUAUUGAUGAGACUGACUUGGCUGCCAUUGCCUUGUCCAUGAACAAGGAGGCUAAUAUGGAGGCCUUGAGUCAACCUCUCGGACGGUGCAAGGUCCUGGGGGCUGAGCUGCAGCAGGCAGGGAGGGCUGGGCAAGCCUGGGUGGGCUCCCUGCGAGUCAAAGGCGCAGCCUUGGCCCGCACUGCCCCCUGCUGGUGGUUCCGAGGACGGCACAGCGCAGCCCGCAGGCUCCAGGAGCGAGGCGCUUCUCGCCAGAGGAAUUCGAGCAAAACCCAGGGCCACGUGCUGCGCCUGCACUGCCUGCACAGGAGCCCAGAAGUGGCGGGGUCGGCGAGGGUGUGCGGGAAAAGAGGCUCAUCCUUUGUGGAGGGGACGUUACGGCACAUUCAGGAUGGGCCGGCUGGGUCCAGCAGUCUCCAGGAGCAAGCCCUGAGAGGCCUGCUGAGGGACGAGGAAGGCCAUCGCCUCACUGAAGGGCCUGCCCCACCCAUGCUCACAACUGCGUCCUCUCUCCGGUCCUUCGACCCCCUGACGGCCAUCGUCCAGAUGUGGCCCUUCUUCCGGCACACCCUGAGGUCUCUGCAUGGACCCCCCACUCGUGAGAGCUGGACGAGGCAGGCCGUGCUCCCGGGAGGUCUGUCCCAGGUGAUUCCCUACACGCAGGGGCCCUGGGAGCCAUUAGCACCCAGCAUCCCAGCAGCUGGGGCCAAGGUGCCCAGGACAGGUGUGGGGAUGGCCCUGACCAUCCACUGCACCCAGUCGAAUCUGUUCCUCACUGAGGAGUGGUGCUCUGGGCACCGCUGA